GUAUGUAUGUGCUAAGUGUGUAAUUGACUACCGUAACACUAUACAACAGUUAAAACAAUAAAAUCUCGUAAUUAACUAUUCUCUAAGAUUAAAUUCUUGAUAUUUUGCCAUGUAGGUCCCAUGCGUCCUCUGAAUUUGUGUUUUAGCUAGUUUUGCUUGCAUGACUUAUAUUUCAAAGAAUUGUUGGAUAUAUCAGUAAACAAUGCACAAAGGUACAUGGCCUGUGAAAAGAGAGGGGAUGUAACGGUUUAUUUGUGCACGGUUCAGGAGUUUUGUGUAAAAAAUAAUAUUUCUAUUAGAUAAAUGGUGUUCUCAUUAUACGCACUUUUCGAGUAUAUAUAGUGCUUCAACUAAAAGGUGUGCUUCCACUUUGUACAAUUUAGUGUGCUGUCAACUGAACAAAGCACACCAUCCAUUAAGUGAACUGAAUUAUUUAAAACAUAACGACAGAUCUCUUUGAAAGGUGGGUGACAGCGUUAUGUAUUCCCAGAAAUGGUAAAAUACAUCUGUAUUUUUGGUCGUUUCAAGUAAUGUUCCUUUAGACUUGUAAAUUGAGUUUAAUUGAUAUAAUGAAUCAGUUGAAAUUCUGUUUGUUGUAUCCCCUCACGGCCAAAUCCAUUGGCUACCGUGAUGGUGUGUGCGUGUUGAAGGGAGAGAUUCCACUUAAACUAUUUUUUUAUAACCAAAUUAAAAUAAGUUUAAAAUAAAUUUCUUCUUCUUUAAAUGUUAAGAAACUUUCUCUUCAUUUAAAAGGGAACGGUUUUACUUAAUGACCCCCAUUUCCCCCCCCCCCCCCCAAAAUAUCACACAGAGUUGGAGAAAAUGUUAGGAAUGAGAUUACAACACGACGAUGUUUCGGAUAAAAGUCUUCAGCAGAUAAUGCAACGCAACUUAGCUUCAUAAGGGUAUCAUUAUUUCGUUAUCAAAGUGGCGACCUCCACUUUUUAAUUGAGCGAGGGUAUCAUUGUUUCGUCAUUUAUAGACGAUUUUUAGCAUGUUCAAAAAUUCUACAACAACAAAUUCCUUAAAGCCGACUUUUGCAUGUUGUAUUGAGAAUACAUUUUUUUGGUUCGAUGUUUAAGCCUAAAAAAUUGAAGUUAAAAAUAAGUAAACCUUACUGAAUAAAUUUUUUUUUUUUGCAAUGCUCUCAGUUAUCUAAAAUCUUUUCAUGAAAAUAUCAAAAUAUCAAAUUCCGCUAACGGUACUUAUAUUUCAAGUGGUAUUUAAAUUUGUUGAUGGAAAUCAAAAGAGUUGUAUUGUUUUUUUUUUUUUUUUUUUUGGUGUUGUAAAAUCAGAAUUAUUAAAAAUCGGUAGGGUAGUAAUAUAUGAUUAUAAUGCAGAGUAAUAUUUCGUAAAACAAAAUGAUAUUAGACGUAAACAUCAAAUAUAGAUACUUCAUUUUAAAAUACGGAAAUUCUGAUUAAAUAUUUGCAAAAUAUACUUACAAGGGCCUGGAAUAUUGUCAUAGUUUUUUAAAUAUUAUUUAUUUUUAAACAGUUGAUUGAUAGAUGUUGUGACUUGGCAAUAGCAGUCAUGAAGUAUUGCAAACUGUCUACCAUUAUAACCCGUUAACUUCGGGUCAUAUCUUCUAGUUGAUAAUAACAUAUCUUGAGGAUCGUGUUCAGGAAUAAUAUUUUCCCCGUCUCUUUUUCCCCCUUUCCUGAUAAAGGUCCCUUUCACCGACUCACCAACUCAGUGCUCUCCCAUUAUAUUUGCUGGCAUCCGUCCGUCACAAUGUGACGAUGGAGUGGGCUUCGGAGGACGAAAUCCACAUGGCCUGGGAUUAUACUUCAAGGAUUAUAAGCUGGUUUGGAAUUGAACUCCAGACCACCAACUUGAGAUUUGCUCAGUUUAGACCAUUCGGCCACCCAGCACCCAUUAGCAAACUUAGAUAUCCCAUAUUUUAGUUUAAUUUUAAUUUAACUAAUUUACUAUUAUUUCCUUUGAUGAUGAUAUGUCCUGCUAACCAAAUACCCCAAAUCCUUAAACGUCCUUGGUAUCUUUCUAGGGGAAGAUUUGUUGAUAGACUUGAAAACGUCCGGUCUACUUCUUCUACGCUAAGUUACGUUAGUAUGCUUCCUUUCUGAUGUUUCCCAUGGAAAGCUUGCAAUAGAAGCGUCCGCUGUUUUGAUUCGCACCCCAACCCAAAUUAUUGACACACAAAAACCCAUAUGUUUUUACAUACUUUCAUAUGGCUUAAACCAGAACUCAGUACCCACAUUACACAGAAUCAAUAUAAGCAGGAUUAUGUGUUUACACAUGGGUUGUGACUCAUUCAACAGAUCAUUGCUCAUAUGAAAGCUAUUUAAAAAUACACUCAGGGCACAUACUAUUUGGAUUCAUUGAUUUUCAAUACAGAGCUGUUAUAUAUGACCAGCGAUAGGCUUCCUGACGCACUCUUAACUUAAAAUAUCGGAUUUCAAUAACGUUUCAUUCGUAAUGUAACGUAUAGCAAAGUAAAACUAAUUCUGUUACAACUGAACUAUACCUAUGUCACUGGUACUCCUGAAACCGGUGCAUGUGGGACUGAUACAUAUGAGACUAGUACACCUGUGUCUGGUACACCUGAGUUUGUUAUACCUGAGACAGGCACCUACAAACAAUUUGCUUACAUGAAACUGGUACAUACAAGAAUAGUACACCAGAGACAGAGAAACACUUGAGUCUGGAACACUUGAAUCUGGUACAACUGAAUAUGGUACAACUUAGACGGAUAAACAUAAGAUUGGUACACCUAAGCUGAAACAUCUGAGUUUGGUACAACUAACACGCUGAAACCUGAGACGGUUACACUUGGGUUUCAUACACCUGAGAAGAGUACAACUAAGACUGGUGCACCUGAGACCUAUCUACCUGAGACUGGUACACCUGAGACUGGCCUACCUGAGACUGGUACACCCGAGACCGGUCUACCUGAGACGGGUACACCUUGGACUGAUAUGAUGACUUUUCAAUUUCUUUCUGUUUACGUUGACAUGGUAGAUUUAAUUUAUUGAGAUCUGGUGCACGGAUUCAAUUGAGUAUUCGGCAGAGCGUCCAACUAGUGAGACUCCUCUCUGGUAUCGAAUACUGUUCCAUACGAGACAAACUAAUGUAAUCGAGCGUAUUCUUUUUGUUUAAGUCUGUCCCAACAGGAAGGAUCGAUGGGCUGUAAUUCUAGAGUUCAGAAAUUGUUCCUAAAAUGUUCUAAGGCUUAAUCUCGUCAUAACAAGUAUCUAGGCUGGCGUGGGGGGGGGGGGAGAAAUCCUUCGUGUAUUUCAAAUUAUUCAACUCAUUUAAAUUGAUUAUGAAAUAAUAAUUCUACACUUUUUAACAAUCAAUAGGACUCUAUCGGGUGAAAAAAAUCUUCAAUCUGUUGGUGAUUCAAACAACAUACAGCCCCCAGCCCAGAUUGAUAUUUUCUCUUAUUUUCAAUUUCGAAUGGCAGAACCUGUCUGGAUCGGAGUUGGUAGGUGGAAUCAUCUUUAUCUAUAUCAAUUUUGUGUAUAAUUUAAUUUAAAAAAAUAUGUUUGGGUUUUAUCAUUGAUAUAGAGUAGCAUGUAGCAUGUGGUUAUUUGAACAUGCAUUUGAAUUUCACAACAGAAGAGAUUGCUGCGUAUUUAUGAAAAAGACAAUCAGGGGACUGGAACAAGCUUCCAAAAAAAUAGUUGGGGAACAAGAAGUACAAGGAAAAGCGUAUCUUUAAAUAAAACAACAUAGAAAUUUCCACUUGUAAAUGUGGUAGAUAAAUUUCCCUAAGGACUCUAUGCCAAAUCAAGUUGAUGUUCUGGGUCUCUAAUCAAAAUUAACUUGAUGUGCUUGAUCUUAAAUUCAGAUAAAGUUGAUGUGCUUGGCCUUUUGCCAAAAGAACUUGAGUUGCUCAGUUCAAGGCAAAAUCACCUAGCUGUUCUUCGUCUUUAAGCCAAAUCAACUUGAUGUUCUUGGUCUCUAAGCCAAAACACUACACGUGCUUAAUCGUAAGUCAAAAGAACUUGAUGUUCUUGGUCUCUAAGCCAAAAUAACUUGAUUUGCUUGGUCUCUAAGCCAAAAUAGCUUGAUUUGUUUGGUCUCUAAGCCAAAAGAACUUGAUUUGCUUUGUAUCUAAGCCAUAUCAAUUUGAACGCUUUCUGGUCUUUAUUCAACUUUAGUUACAUUACAUUAGCCAGUGGGAAAACGUUCCAAUAGUAUGAAUUGAUGACAUUAUAAAGAUUUCUAAAUUAAUGUUGACCUCUAUGUGCACACGACAUUUACACCUGGCAUAAACAUAUUCUAUGUACUAAUGUUCUGCCAAUAACAAGAGGCGACUGGUGUCAACCUGUCCGGAAAUUGUCGCAGCCUUGAUAUUUAAAUUGAAAGCUCACAAUUCAUAUAACUCGUCAUAGAAGGUUGUAAGUUUGAGAAUUGACAAGGUCAUUUUUCUUCCGUACACAACAUAAGACUCAUAGCUUGAGCACCUCAAAACACAUCUGCUACUUCCUUGAUGGCUCUGGAUCUAAUCUUGAGUACAUCAUGAAAACGAUAAAAAGAUUUUUUUUAAAUGUGCCCUCUUGAUUUAUAUUGCAAAUGCGUCGAGCGUCCUCUGAUCUCAUGCCAUUUUCUUGAAACUAGUUUUCUUUCUUCAGACAUUAGUCUGAUUUGAAAAUGGCGUUUUCAAUGAAAUGCACUCUUCUUAUGGUGUAGGGCAUUUCUUAACUCUUUCUACCCUCGUCUGCAUUUUGACAACAGAAAAUUAUUUAAUUUCCAUACAAAGAUUUGCAAGAUCAGGUUCCUUAAGUAUAUGAGUCCAAAAGCAACAGCGUCAACAGCAUGCAACACUGUUAUAAACAGACAGCAGGAAGAAAGACUUUGUGCUGUACCUCGUGUGUACAAAUUUUAUCGAUGGUCACAUAGACCUUCAAUGGCCGCCUUGCAUUAAUCAAACUUGUCUUUUAUAUAUAUUUUAAUGCAGCAAGAUGAGUUCUCAAGCCUGUGUGUUCAAUGUAAACAUCACGUCUUUGUUUAGAAAACGGAACUAAGAAAUGGUGACAGUUACAAUUCUUAUGUAAGAAGAUAUGGUCAUAGUGAUAUCUUUAUCAAGGUGAGAAAGUACCAAGAAGUUUACCGAGAAGCUAUAUCCCAAGUGUUUUAGGAUCAGUAUUUUCAGCAUAAAUAUUUGCUCUUAUUUCUAGUUCAAGUUUUAACUAUUAUAAUUAUUGGGAUCAUGUGUUAAGUAUAUAAUAAAGUACAGUCACUAUCACUUGAUCCACAAUGCUUCUGUUAUUAUAACUCAUAACUAGAUUGUGAUUGUAGUUGUGACACUUACUUAUAAAUGAAAAUAAUUUUUAAUUUUUUUAAAUUUUAUUGGCAGGUGAGAAAGCAAAUGCCAAUCAAGACUUUGAUAAUAAGAGAUUAAAGGAAAAAGGAAAAGAAUGUGAAAAGGAUAAAUAUUACGUACCAGUAAAUAGUGAUGAUUUAAAAGAGAUGCUUAAGCCGGUUAGAUCAAAUAUGCAUUUGCAUGAUCUGAUUUUAAAAAUGGUGAAAUUGACUGGAUUGAUUUCUGUGACUUUUAAAGAUCUGCUUAUUCCCGGAGAGGGAACCGGAACUGGAUUCAUUCAAAGGAUACGCCGUGUGCUCGGAAGGUGCCCGUGUCCAGAGUGUAAAGACCACACUAAUACACGCCGCUACGCCAUCCUGAGUGUCGCUACUGCCCUUCACGUGCUUCAUGAAGAUCCAGAAAGUUGUAAGUCCACAAUAGAUGUAAAGUUUAUACGUGAGACUGUUAAAAUGAUACUAGAUUAUGAUGACAAAACUAAAGAUCCUGAGAAAUGCCCAUCGCUCUAUGGCUACAGAAUCUCGGACACGGACAAAGACAUUGACGUGAAUAGUGAUUGGUGUUGUAUCGAGUUUGUGUCGCAUAAAAUGGACUUAGUUUCAGACCUGGAGAAAACUUUGACAGAAUUCCAGGACUUACAGAAAACCGUUUAUAAUUAUUUUAAACAGGAUCACAAAUACAAGGGCCAUGUUAUAAUAAUUGGACACCCACACGGGCUUCAAAAGCAAUUAAGCUUCAGUAAAACAAUGGCUGAAAGGAAACCCUUAAAAGAGGUCCGAGACACACAGAGAUGGUGCCGUUACAAAUACGACGCUACUACUUGCCAAGGAUUUAGUUGAUCACCAGUUUUAAUUCUGGGUCAACCCAUUUGUGGAUUUGGGUACUGGUUCGGACAUCCACAUAAUCAUUCAAAACAAUCAUUGAGUUCAAUUGGUGUAGAGCACAGAGAGGAUGGCAGAAACUAAAAAAAAUACAUUGUUGUUUUACUUCAGUCAUUGCUGACUUGAUCUUCCUCUUUGCUGACUGUUGACUUGGUCUUGGACUUUGUUGAAUUCAAUCUACACAAUUCUCCGUUAAUAAAUCAUCUCUGAUAUUUUAUAUGAAAUUAUUAUAUGUAGGAUACUAAAUGAAAGUAUAUAUAUUGUUUUGUUAAUAUCUUCAGUAUUCAAAAUAAAUAUUUAUCCUUUUGACACCAUAAACAAAGAUGAAUGACUGAAAUUAACCCUUUAUGAGUCAUUAAUACGAUACUUAAACUAAUUUAAGACUAAUAUUACGUUGAUAAUUUCAGAAGACUCCAGCAAAGCCUAAGAUUUUUCAAAUUUUCCACCAGUGUAACAUUGUGUAAUGAUUCACAAAAUCAAAAAUAAAUCACUUGUAUAUAAAAUAAAUUUCCUCAAAAAUAUUAUUAGUGAGCUCAAACUUAUCUUAAAUUAAAAUUAAUGGCUGCAUUUUAAAACCGCAUGACAGAAAUGACUUUUUAAAGCUGAAAUAAACAAGGUGACAUUUCCCUUUUUAACCAAUAGAUUUGUCCUAAAUUGUCACAAAAUAUGCAACGUAUAUUUGUGUCCAGUGCUUGCACACAAUUGUUUUUCCAAUCACCUCACACAAUUUUUCUUCAAAGAUAUGAUGAUAUCACUGUGCUGAAAAAAGUUCCCUUGUGCGUAUAAGGAGUGCUUUACAAAUCCACAGACCAUUUGAAAUCUAUUUAAUUAUAUAAAGCGUUAUCUAUAAGAUAUUCAAUUAACAGAUACAAAGAAACAUAUGGAAUUCAAAUAAUAACACUCUUUAUUUAUUAUCGACGUAAAAACAAUGUGUUUAUAAAAUUCAAUUAUAAAUAAAUUAUUUCUAAUGAAAUAUUUAUCAUAAUAGAGUAUGGUUCGUCUGUUCGUUCCUUAAAGCAUACCAUUGUGCAAGGUUAAAAUGCAAUAUCAAAUUAUUUCAUUUCACGGGAUCAUAUAUUUUUACCCAAUCCCCAUUCCUUGAUUAGAUCCGGGCGUUGGCUUUCUGGUGUGUGUUAUUGAUGAGUAUUCUUUUAGGGAGAGCGUUAGAAAUCGGUUGAACGGUGGAGAGAUGAAUUAGACUAAGAGAGAACGGUCGAGAAGACGGACUGCAGUUUUAGCUAGUUGUCUGAGAGUUUAACAGUCAUCAAGUUGGUGAUAUGUGUUCCUUGGAUUUGUGUACUAUGAUACCACUUUAUGUACUAUGAUACCUCUUUGUGUACUAUGAUACAACUUUGUGAACUAUGAUACCACAGUGUGUACAAUGAUACUACUUUGUGUACUAUAAUAACAAUUUGUGUAGUAUGUUGCCACUUUGUGUACUAUGAUACCACUUUGUGUAAUAUGAUACCACUUUGUGUCCUAUAAUACUAUUCUGUGUACUGUAAUACCAAUUUUUGUACUAUGAUACCAAUUUGUGUACUUUCAUACCGGUACCAUUAUGUGUACCAUGACACCACAUUGUGUAUUAUGAUACCAAUUUGUGUACAAUUUACCACUUUGUGUUUCAUAAUACCAAUUUGUGUACUGUGAUAUUAUUUUGUGUAUUAUGAUAUCACAUGUUGUACUAUUGUACCACUUUACGUACUAAUAUACAGGUAAUAUUGUGUACUAUGGUACCUCUUGGGUACUAUAAAUUUAAUGUGUGUACUAUAAUAACAUUUUGUGUACUAAAAUAAAAUUGUGUGUACUAUGAUAUCGGUACAAUUGUGUACUUUGAUAACAUAGUGUGUACUAUUAUACCUAUUUGUGUACUAUGGUAGCACUAUGUUUUUCAUCAUACAAAUGUGUGCACUAUGAUACCAUUUUGUGUACUAUGAUACGAAUUUGUGUACUAUGAUACCAGUUUAUUUACUAGGAUACCAUUUUGUGUCCUAUUAUGCCAAUUUGUGUAUUAUGACACUAUUUUGUGAUCUAUGAUACCAUUUUGUGACACCAUUUUGUAUAUGAUGAUACCAUUUUGUGACACCAUUUUGUAUAUGAUGAUACCAUUUUGUGACACCAUUUUGUA